AUGUUUCAAUGCAAAGCUUGUCAAGCCAAAUUAGUUAAUCCCGUUCGAGUAAAUUGUCUUCAAUGUAAAGAUGUUACUCUGUGUGUUACUUGCUUUUCCAACGGUGAAGAAGUUGGUGAACAUAAAAAUUAUCAUGAUUAUCAAGUGCUGGAACAAUUUUCAUUUCCAUUAUUUACAGAGGAUUGGGCAGCAGAUGAAGAAGAAUUGUUGAUAGAAGGAUUAGAAGCGCACGGGAUGGGUAACUGGGAAGAUGUUUCAGGGUUUGUUAGAACGAAAUCAAAAGAAGAAUGUGAAAAACACUAUUAUGAAGUUUAUUACAAUAGUGAUAAAUGGCCACUACCAAAAACUGAGCCAAUGCAAAGUUUACCAUCCAAUCACGAAAUUUGUGGAUAUAUGCCACUCCGAAAAGAGUUUGAGAUGGAGUAUGAGAACGAUGCAGAAUUAUACAUUAAAGAUUUGGAAAUAACGGAUAAGGAUUCACAGCUAGAUUUUGAGUUAAAAAAAACAUUUGAGGAUGAAAAUUAUAAAACCAAAGAAGAAAAAGAACUGGCAAAUAAGGUUAAACCGUAUACUCAAUUAUUAUGUAAAAGAGAUUAUACUACAUUUAGAGACGAUUUAAUUGAGGAAGAUAGAAUAAAAGAAAACAUACAGAAAAAAAUAGAAUAUCGUAAAAUGGGAAUAAAGACUCAUUCAGAAUCAUCAAGAUAUGAAAAACAAAAAUCCCAAAAACAAAUUAAUCGUGAACUUGCUGCACAACCACAUACCGGACAUUUAACCAAUAUUCCGUUCAGCAGUGAUCGGCUAACUGCUCGAAGCGCAUCUAAAGGACUACCUGUGCGAUAUAAUGAGGUAUUUAUUUUUCUGUAG